AUGGAGUCUGGAGCAAGCAGAUCACACCUCAAAUGGUUUAGCAUGCAGCAACGCUCGAUUGCGAUGUCGGCCAGAUUGGCUCGUGCUCAGAAAUUGCAAAGAAACGCAGCGUCCAUGAGCGGCUGCCCGUCUUUGUGGAGCAUCUUGGGAAAGAAUAAUGUUUGGGUCAGCAAGCUUGAGGCCAAAAGGGGCGCCGCUGUGUGCUUCGUUCCCGGGCCUGACACCGGCAACACAGCCCAUGUUUGUGCUCUGAGAGAUAGGCGCUGCGGUCUUUUUGCUCACCUUGUCGGUCAGCGUGCCGGCCUCCGUCCCGUUGUUGAACCACAAGUCGAUUUGUCCAGGGACUUGAAUGAUCUUCAGGGACGGAUCCAUGUCCGUCACCCAUCGCCCCAAGAUGAUCAAAUGGUAGCAAUGCAAGCAAUAAGAUGUGCUAUCAAGGAGAACCAUCUUUGA